AUGCCGGCUGUACAAUAUGCUGUGGUUAACAGUACUUCUGAUUGGCAUUCCGUGCCUGCUAUUGUGGGAUUACUUGAUCCGUAAGAGGCGCAAUGAUAUGCUCAAUUAUAUGCGUGGUCCACUUACGCUACCGUUCCUCGGAAGUGUCCACCUGCAUCGUGGCCUGGAUGGCGAAAGAGUCAUGGACUAUGCGUUAGCGAAUUGCGCGAAAUAUGGGAAAAUGUAUCGAAUUUGGAUCCUUAAUCAGCUGACCAUCUUCUGCACCGAUCCACGCGAUAUCGAGAUCAUACUGAGCAGCACUCAGCACAUCAAGAAGAACAGUCUGUACAAUCUGAUGCUGCCGUGGCUUGGCACCGGUCUCCUCAUGAGCGUCGGCAGAAAGUGGCAUGCCCGUCGCAAGAUUAUAACACCCACAUUCCAUUUUAAGAUACUCGAACAGUUUGUGGACAUCUUCGAUCUGCAGAGCAACAUAUUGGUGGAUCAACUGCAAAAGCAUGCCGAUGGCAAAACAGCCUUCAAUAUAUUUCCAAUCAUCUGUCUAACGGCACUUGAUAUUAUCGCAGAAACUGCAAUGGGCACCAAGGUCAAUGCACAAAGAAGUCCGGAUCUACCCUACGUCCGUGCCGUUUUCGAGGUGACGAAUAUCAUAACGUUGCGUUUCAUUAAGCCUUGGCAGCGUAUUGACUGGAUGUUUCGCCUUGUCGAACCGAGCCUGGCCAAAAGGCAGGAUACAUUAAUAAAGACGAUGCACGAUUUUACCGAGACAGUUAUCCAGCAGCGGCGAGAUGCGUUGAUCAAUCAUCAUCAGCAGCAGCAGAAGACAAAGACAAAGACGAAUUGUGGCGGCAAUGAGUGUGACGAUCUUGGCCAGAAACGUCGUAUGGCCUUGCUGGAUGUCCUACUGCAGUCAACGAUCGAUGGUGAGCCGCUGAGCAAUGAGGAUAUACGCGAGGAGGUGGACACGUUUAUGUUCGAGGGCCAUGACACAACCACCAGUGGCAUUUCCUUCUGCCUGUACGAGAUCUCACGUCAUGCGUCCGUGCAACAGCGUCUGGUCAACGAAAUCCAUGAGGUGCUCGGCGAUGACAAGAAGCGUCCGGUGACGUUGCGCGAUCUUAAUGAGCUCAAGUACUUGGAGUGUGUGAUCAAGGAAUCGCUGCGCAUGCAUCCGCCAGUGCCAAUAAUUGGACGCAACUUGACCGAGGAUGUUGACAUGCGCGGCCAGCUCAUUCCCGCCGGCACCAACUUCAUCAUCGGUCUAUAUGCGGUGCUCCGCAGUCCUCGCGAAUUUGAGGCGCCCAAUGAGUUUCGUCCCGAGCGAUUUGCCAGCGAUGAGGCGACGAUAUCGUCACCCGCAAGUUCGCAAUCUCGGCCAACGCAGCCUCAAAUGCAAUUUCAAACGCAUCCUUAUGCCUAUGUACCCUUCUCAGCGGGACCGCGCAAUUGCAUCGGUCAGAAGUAUGCGAUCCUGGAGAUGAAGAGCGUCAUUAGCAAAGUCUUACAGCAUUUUGAGCUGCUUCCACUUGGCCCGGAACCUCGGCCCAUGCUUAGCCUCGUCCUGCGCUCGGCAAAUGGGAUCCAUCUGGGCAUGCGUCCUCGGCAGGAUCCAUAGACCCUCGUCUGCUAAGCAAACAGCUGUAUUUUGCUUGCGCUCUUUCUCUCUCACUCUUUACCAGGGUUGUGGCAUUUGGUACAUUUGAACCAAUACUAGUACAUUUAUAAUUCGUUCGUACAUUUCAUAUCAUAUUUAUGUUUCAAUUGUACCCUCGAAUUCAAAUAUUGUCUAACGUUAAAUAAAAACACAUAACAGCUGUUCAAAACAUUUGUAUGUAAUUGAAAACAAAAUAAAUCGGGGUGUUCCAGAAAUACAAGCAAACUGAAAAGCAAACAAAAGACCAUGCAUUUUUGGUUGCUUUUCGGUUCUAACACCAUUUUCUUA